CUCAGCUAUAAAUCGGCUAAAGAAGGUGAAUAGCCUGCCUGCUGCAUCAUCUCAAUUUGAAAUUUAGUCGUCCUCUUUCCUCAAUUGAUAACCAACCAAAUGCGGAUAAGCUGCCUUACCAAGCCGUCAAAGUUAUGAUCCUGUCGAGACGUAGGGUUAGGUGCGAGGUUUCAUUUUCUCCUUUCUGGUGAGGUGAGGAGGUGGUUGGUUGAUAAUCUGUAACAAUCGACGUUAUAUCGACCAUGUCCAUCCCCUCCUCUGCAAUCCCGUCCCCCAUCAUGUUAAAACGUCAAAACGAGGAGGCCAUGUAUACUCCCACCCUCAAGAAGAAGUUCAUUCCUGAAGAACCCCUUCGCAUCAAUCCGCAAACGGAAGAGACGAAUUUGGACGUACUCAAGGCACAGCACACGAAGCUACGACAGCGGCUUGAACAACGUCAAAAAGCGGAGAUUGACCAACGCGAAAGGAUUCAGCAAUUGGAAGAUAGGCAAACACAGGAUGAUGCCGUGCUCAAUGUUAUUAAUCGAUAUUGGAAUCAGUUAAAUGAGGAUUCUAGCAUUUUACUGCAAAGAUUCGGCACUGAUUCAAAUGAUGACCCGGACAAUAAGAACGACAGUGAAGCUUCAACCUCAUUUUUAACUCAAUUAUCCACCUGGGAUAAGACUGAACUGGAUGAAAAAUUGGCAAAUAGGGUGCAAGUUUCGAAACAAGCUGUCGCCAAGAUUAUUAGUGCUUUUGAUUUAUUGCAACAACGGAAUGAAAAGAUUAUGAAAGCUUUGAAGGGUGAACUUGAAGAUACAGAAGAACAAACUCUCACAGAAAUCAUUAAAGAAGAAUGUUGCCGAAUCAUGGAAGAGAAUAAUGCUUUAACAGCUUUCAACAAUGAUUUACAGGAGAAAUUGCAUAUUAUGUCGUCUCAGUUUGAGAGUUUAACAAAUACCCUGGAAGAUAAGGAAACCAAUGUGGACGAACUCAAGAAUCAGGUUGAAGAUUUGGAAUGGGAAGUAAACAAGUUGCACAAUUAUGAUGAUAAGCUAUCCAACCACAUUCAAGAGUUACAAGAAAAACAUCGGCGGCUUCAGAAUUUGUUAAGUUCGGAGGGCAAAAAAGAAAAGAAGCCUGAUAUUAGCGACAGUGAAGUGCUAAAUUUACGAAACCAAAUUGAGGAGCUUCGUGAACUUGCUGGAAAUAGAUUAAUCGAGUUGGAUAAACUGCACAAGACACAAAGAGAGACGCUCAAGGAGUUGGAAAAGCUAAGAAUCGACAUACGUCAACUACCCGAAUCUGUGAUUGUGGAGACGAUAGAAUACAAAUGUCUUCAGUCAAAAUUUUCCGUCAUAUAUAACGACACACUCCAACUAAGGGCGACUCUUGAUGAGACGAGGAACCAACUCUUUACCAUGAGGACAACGCAUUUAAAACACAUUGAACAGAUGGAAAGUGAAGAACUGUUACGACAAAAGAAGACUAGAACCGAUAUGAUUCAAUCAGAAGAUAUGUUGGAUGUUUUAAGAAAGGAAUAUGAAAUGAUGCGACUUGAAUUUGAGCAGAAUAUGGCAGCUCAUGAGCAAUCUGGUCCAAUUAAUAAGGAAAUGCGACAUUUAAUCACGUCCUUACAAAAUCAUAACAAUCAGUUGAAAGGAGAUUGCCACCGGUACAAGAGGAAGUAUAAAGAUGUGUGCAUUGAUAGUUCUAAGCUAAAGAAACAACGCGAGGAACUUGAAGGGAAAAUUCGAGAAAUUGAAAAAUCCUUUGUCCGAAAUUGUGAUAUUGAUGGAGACCGAGAUGACGAUGACACGUCACAACAAUCAUCUGAUGGCGAUGAAUGUCGAAAUCAUUUCUCAAACUGUGGAACUGACUCUGCAGAUGAAAAUUGUUCAGGGGAAGAUAUUGAUAUAAAGUCGGAAAAGGGGAAUGGGGAAGUACCGGCGAGAAAGAAGGAAAAUAUAAAACGCAACGCGAAAAUGAGAAAUCACGUAAAUCACAAAAUGAACUCGGAUAUUCUAAAGGAUCUCAAGAGUCAAGUAAAAAAUGCCUUAAAUGCCCAGAAGGACAUGAAACUGAUACUAGACAUGUACAAGAGUGCAAGUAAAGAUCCCCGGGAUAAAGCCCAACUUCUCUUUUCUGAGAAGAAAAUUAAGCAGGAAGUUGAGGAUAUCAAAUGUGCAAUUAAAAAACUUCAGGACGGCAAAAAAGACGAGAAGAGACGCCUAGCUGACGAGGAGGCUAUGAGAAAGAUUAAAUCUUUGGACGAUCAGAUGCACGCUCUGCAGCGUCAAAUCACCAGUCAAAAGACGGAGGAGGAUGCUCUUGUGAGUGAAAUGGAAGUUACUGGACAAGCUUUUGAAGACAUGCACGAACAGAAUGCACGACUUAUUCAACAACUGAGGGAAAAGGAUGAAGCAAACUUUAAACUAUUGUCAGAUCGUGUGAAGGCUUCUCAAUUUCAAAAAUUGGCGAUGGAAGAGCGUGAAUUGCUGCAAGAACAUGCCGCAACUCUUUCAAAACAAGUCGACGCACAGAAUCAUGUUGUCCGAAAGUUGGAAGAAAAGGAAAGAAUUCUUUUGAACGCAAUCGCAUCGAUGGAACAAGAAGCCGGAAUACGACAACAAGCGAUGGAGUUGCAUAAGCGAAAAGCCAUUGAAAGUGCCCAGUCAGCUGCAGAUCUGAAGUUACAUUUAGAAAAAUAUCACUCACAAAUGAAGGAAGCUCAAUCCACAGUAACCGAAAAGACUUCUGCUCUUGAGGCCGAGGCCUACAAGACUAAACGUCUCCAAGAGAAAAUAGCCCUCAUCAAGCGUAACGUCGAACGACUAAACAAGAUCGAAAUGAGUGGCAACACCGACGAAGUGAUGAUGGAGGAAGUUCGCGAAUAUAAGGAAAUUUUAACCUGUCCAUCCUGCAAAGUGAAGCGAAAGGACGCUGUUUUAAUAAAAUGCUUCCAUGUCUUCUGUUUCGACUGUCUCCGCACCCGAUAUGAAACCAGACAGAGAAAGUGCCCCAAAUGCAAUGCUGCCUUUGGAACGAAUGACUAUCAUCGGUUGUACUUGGCCUAGUAAAAAAGGAUAAGAAAGAUCAGAUACAAAUCGAAUGAUAUACAAAAAUAUGCAUUUUCUUCCUAUUGAAGAAGAUACUACAGUGAGCUUUUUUCUACUUAUAUACCCGCCUUUAGAUAGUAAUUUUGUGGUGGUAUUACAUGCAUUUUGCAUUUUAUUAGUCCUUGUGUUGAAAAGUUAGAAAGAGUAAAAAGUUUUUAGUCGUCGUACAUAGUUCAGUGUCGGUUAUUUACUGGGGGAUAUUUCAGGCUUCUCUCUUAUCCUUAUCCUUCUUCUGUCUUUCUAAAAAUAUAUAUGCAAGUAUUAUUCUCAUUGUAUCUCAUUCUCUCAUUAUUUCGAUACAAAGCUUCAGAUUGGUCUAAGAUUUAGGUUUGCGUAUGAGAUUCCUUCAGUCAGACAAAUAAUUUCCGUCAGGUUGUAAGAUACCCCUUAAUUCAAGUUAAUUCUGCUAGUAUCACUUGUGAUUUGUUUUCUUGCUUUAAUAAAGCCAAGCGUAUUAGAAGCACUCGAGCUGUAAUCUCUUAUAUUUAUGUGUAGGCUUAGAUAAUCUACAACUUUGGUAACAUUCUUAAAUGCUACCACGGAAUACGUAGUAGUUUUACCGUGAAAAAGUGUAUUUUGAAUUAUCUAGCAAUUGCAUUUUGCACCACGAAGAAAUAAUGAGCGGAGAGACAGAAUAAGUAUCCAAUAAUAAUAUGUGCUUUGCAUCUUUUUCUAUAUAUGCUACUUCUACAAACUGUAAACAAGGAUAAGGCUGACAAGUUGAAAUCGAAAUAAGGAUAAGUACAGGAAGUAAAAGUGAACCGACUUAUUAACUAAUAAUAAUGGACUAUGCAUUUCCAACAAGUGUCAACCGCUUGUCACAACAAGGUGCAACAACUAAUUACUUAACUUGUAUUAUCACCACAAUACAAACAGGAUUAGUAUGUAUACCCAGUAAGUAAAGUAUCUAUUUGAAUAUUAUUGUUAUAUAAUACAAAAUAAACCGAAACAUGUAUUA